AUUCAAAAAAAAGGAAAACGUACAAUUUGUGAAUACACUGCCUUUUCCGCCUUUAUCUUGCUUUAAAUAUCUAUUUUCACAGAUUUAUGUUGAUCUUCAUUUUUUCUCCCAAGUCCCAACAACAAUGGCGUCUACCAACUUCAGCAGACGUUGAAAUAGUGAAGCUGGAUUCAGCCAAUCAAAUUCAUUUUACAAUAGGAGGUGAAUUCUGCUAAUACUCAACUCUUAAGGCGCUUUCUUCUAGAAACUUCGAAAUUUCCAGUGAAGACGCGUAAUUAGUGUAGUUAGGGUUUCGACUUCUGCUGAGAAGAUCAGCGCUGAGGUUCUGGUGGUGACGAAUCAUCUUUCUGGCAUUUUCUCAAUUUGCCAAAGCUUCGCUAAAAGUCAAAGCAUACACAGAGCAAAGAGUCAACUAGUGCUAUAAUCAAAAUGGCAGAUUCGUCAAAGGGUAAUUCUUCAACCGGAGAAGCAAUAACAAAAAUGUCACUACUAGGCACAACUUUUUGGAAAAUUUCAAAUGAGAGGAAAGAGGAGUAGACACACCUUUUAGCAUCACCCAUGAAGAAGCCUUGCGCCUAGGAUGCUAUUUUGGACUAUUUAAUGCCCGGUUUAAGAUGAGGACUUCUCUAAAGACUUCCUUGCUUCUUGGAAGUCUACAUCUGCCUCGGAUGGAGAUGAUAUGGACUUCAACUUCGAGCCAGUUAGCAAGGGAAAGAAAAAGGGUUUUAACUUUGGCAUGGAAGAUAUGGAUUUUUCUCUUGAUGAUGCAUUUUGUAAGAUGCCGUCUUUCAAGAUGGAUAUGGCAGAUCUUGAUUUUUCUAGUUCUCCAAAAAAACCUGCAAAGUCAAAGGAUAAGUCAGCACAGGAUUAUGCCAAGGGAGAUCGUCUAGACAAGUGUGAAAAGUUCACCUUUUCUUUUGAUUUUGAUGGAUUGGAUGACUUCAGCUUAAAUGCCCCUUCAAGUAUAGAAGAGAAGGGUGCGAGCUUUGACAAAAAGAUAGAAAAAGAUGGUUCUGAGUGUGGAGACUUUCCUGGACAUGCUGAAAAUAAUAUGAGAGAAACUACUAAAGAUACCGUAGUCGAGGAACCUGCAGUAUGUGAAAAUGCGGUAUUUUCAAAAUCCGAAGAUUUAGUGGUUUGUAAUGACAACUCUGAUAUUCCCCUUGUUAAUACUGCUAAAGAAUUACUGGUGUCGACACAUAUAGUACAACAAAACGAGACACCAAAUUCAUCUGAUAACAAAUUUUCUGAGGGUACCCAAAAGCUGGACCUUCAAAGUUACUAUGACCCAGCAAAAGAAAGUAGUGAUCUGAUUCCUGUUAACAAAUCCACGCAAUUAAUUGGCUCACAGAUUCCCGUGGAAUCAGCAAAAGUGCACAUUUAUUCAGAGACUGAAAGAACAAUGACUGCCCAGAUUACAGAUGAUGAACUGCAGUCAAACGAAGAGACAACUUCCAAGCAACAAUGUACCCAUUUGAAACAAAUGGACGUUUCUGCAAAUAUAUGCUUGGUUGAAGCUUCGAUUCAAGAUGUUCUUUCAGAAAAAUUGGAAAUUAGUUCUCUAGUCAGGGACAAAAAUGAUAUAUCAUGUACAGGUGGGUCCCAUAUUGAAGGACUUCCAGCAUUUGUUGUUUCAACAGCGGAGAAUGAAAAACAGAUAGUAGACAAGUCAUUGCUGCAAAGCUCAAUGGAUAAAAUGAACAUUAGUAGUGAGAAGAAUGAUCUUGCCGAUGGUGAUGAUUUGUUUAGUGCUAAGCAUCCGAUAGAUACUGUUGGGAAUACUGCUUCAACUGGCGACUCAAAUGCAUUGUCCUUUACUGCCAGAUCUACUGUUGAAACGCACAAGCCAACUUUGAAGGUUUCUGCAACAUCAUUUGGCAGUGGACCCAAUGCUGCAAAAAUAACAAUACCUAAGAACAAAGUUCCAGGAGAUAUGAAUUCAAAUGAUCCUGUCAUACAACCCAAAAAUGAUGGAGGUAGGACGGACUUUUCGGCUUUUAAAGAUAAUAGGGAAGGCUCUAUACAUAAAGGUUCUUCAGACAAGAGUAGGUAUAACAAUGACCGGGUAAAUGGGAAAAACAGGAAUGAGGAGGGUAUUAACAUUAUGCCAGAUAGAAGAAAAGCAGCAAUGAAUGGUCUCACUUCACUUGAAUGUGAGAAGAUGGUCAAGAAUGUCAAAUCUUCUGGUGGGCCCAAUGCUACAAAAACAAUGCUACCUAAGAACAAGGUUCCAGGAGAUAUGAACUCAAAGUUUUCUGUCAUAGAGCCCAGAAAUGGUGGUGGUAGGACAGAGUUUUUGGCUUUUGAAGAUUAUGUAGAAGGCUCAACACAUAUAGGUUCUUUAGACAAAAGUUAUAACAGUAAUGGCAGCAGUAAAUGUAAUCAAAAGAAAUUAGAUGACAGUUCAAGUUCAUGUAAAGAUUUGAUCAAACAAGAUCCAAUUUUGGAGAAAAGUGAGACAAAGGCUUCUACUCAUACCACUGGGAGCAGGUCCGAGAUUUUAUCAAUCCCACUAAAUCAGGGAACUAAAGUUGGUAACCAGGGGCUAGAAAAAGUGAAAGACAAGGUUUCGAGCAUCACAAUUCAGAAAUCAGAUAUUGGUUUAAGAAAUAAAAUUUCAUCCCAAAAGAUUGACAAGAAAAUGUCUGCUCUUCCUAGUUUGAAAUUGACUAGUUUCUCUCCCCUUAGAAAUACCAUUACAGACAAACAUCCAAUAGGUGCCAGAGUGCAAGAAAAUGUUAAUGUGGGAAAUUUUGAUAGAAGCACAAGACUCCAAUCGUGUAUCAAAAUAGCCUCUCCAGUUUUUCCCAAGAAACAAACAUUGUUAACUCCCUCUUUGAAACGCAAGCUAUCUGAGGCUGGUGAUAUGGAUCAAGCAUAUCUUCACAAGACAAAACGCGUCUCACCCAGUGAAAACAGAUUGUCUACAGUUUCAUCCGGAAAACUUAAUGAUGGGGCUCAAACACAAGAAAACCUCUUGGAAGGAAACAGAAAGAAUGUCACAACAGAAUGCAUGACCCCUAAGUUUGAUUUUGAUCAAGAGGCAAAAAUAGAGGCUCUGCAGUUCAGUUUAAUGGUCGAGAAUGAUGCAAAUGUCCAAAAGGCUGAGGCAUGUGCCAAUGAGCUUGACAAUAUUUGCAACAUGUUGAAGAGGAAACAUGAAGAAGCCAAGGAGUUACUAGUCCGAGCUCUUGUUAACAACAAUAAUCUUUUGAUGCUGAACCAUCCCGUCUAUGAAGAAAAAAUUCGCGCAGUUCAAAAAUUUGCUUCCAGGUUGACCUUCAAGGAGCUGGAAAUCGAAGCAUAAAUCAAAAAUUCACACUGAUCACAUUCUAGGUGGCCGCAGAAACUGCAUUGUCAUAAUAUCUGGAAACCGUAAUUUUCAGAAGGGAUGGCACCAAUAUUGUAGUAUUGUUUUUUUGAUACCCUUAUUUUGAAGGUGUUACAUUUAGUUUUCUGAACUUGAAAUCAUAUAUGAUAUUAUGGUUUUGGUGCGUUUUUACUUGAAUAGAACUAUUGUAGAAUUGUAUAGCCAACGUCCUUGCUCUAUAAAUCAUACGAAUCAAUAUAACAUUCUCCAACACACUCCUAACAAGCAUAAAUACUAUUUAAAAUUAACUUACUCACCAAACAUGCCCCAAUGGGCAUCACAUCAAACAAGGAACUAAACCAACCAAGUCCAAACACAAUGUGAACUUAUUGGUGGGCAAUGACUUUGUCUUCAUGUCGAUCGGGUUAUCUUUGGUAUCAAUCUUCACCAAAUUCACUCUUUUGUGCUCAACCUUAUCUCGGAUAAAGUUGUGCUUGAUAUUUAUGUGUUUGAACCUUCUAUGAAAUGUAUUUAGAUUUCUUGCCAAAUGAAUUGCACUUUGACUAUCACAAUAAACACUUUCCAAACACACCUUGUUGCACAUCUCACUAACUAGACCUUUGAACCAUUUUGCCUUUUUGAAUGAUUCGGCAAUGGCUAUGUGCUCUGCUUCGGUUGUAUACAUGGCGACCACAUUUGGGACCGAUGAUUCCAACUCAGUGUCGACCCGCCCUUAGUAAAGACAAACCCCGAAGUAGACUUUCUAGCAUCCAAAUCACCUCCAUAGUCUGAGUUACAAAACUCGGUUAGCCCGCUUAAAUUAUCUCUCAUACAUGAGACACACAUUUGAAGAGCCCUUCAAA